AUGCGUGUCCUCCGUCGCCGACUUGUUCUCCUCCUCUCCCUUCCCCUCACCCUCACCCUCCUCUUCCUCCUCUACCUCCACCGCCUCCAACUCCCUCCCCAAAACGCACACUUCCGCCGCCCCUCCCCCACUCCCUCGGAGCUCCUCUCCCUCCGCAACUCCUCAUCAAAAUACGCCCUCUUCCACCAACUCCGCGGAGCAGGGUUCAACAACCAACUCCAGGAAUCACUCCUCCUUUCCUGGAUCGCUAAGCGCGCAGGGAGGGCCUAUGUGUACAGGGACGUCAUCUGGCGUCCGAGGGGGUACGAGCAGGUCCCGCUGGAGGAGUUUGUGCAGUCACUUACUGAGCAGCCGGCACUGCACGAAGAGGCGUUUAAGAGGUUAUGCGAUGGGCAGAAGAUCUUACGUGCCAUAGAUGGAAGGUAUCCUUUUCCUGAGCGGGUGGAAAGGGUCAUCCAAGACCUGCAGGGGGACGAACAGUGCGCCUACGUGGAAGGGAGGAUCAUGGAUUGGCCGUUCCUAGACUCCCCCGCAGCGUUAGCGCUAUACGAACCUUUCCUGUCCUAUAUUCGAGACUUCCGCUGGUCCCCCUGGGUGCUAGAAGUCCACGCUCGGGCAGUAGGAAAGCUAGGCCUGGGGGAGGGGUACAUCGCCCUCCAUAUCCGGCGUGGGGACUUCAGCUACCACUGCCCGCAGAUCGCCGCUCAAGGAGCGUCGUUCAACCUCUGGUCCCGACUUCCCUUCCUACCCGACACACCCCCUCACCCUCUUUCCCCCUCCACGAUCCUAACCCACUGCUGGCCCUCUUUCGGGGAUAUGUUACUCCAGAUCUGGGCCGCUCAGAACCAGUACGAACAACGCACGGGGAAGAAAUUGCGCAAAGUGUAUGUCUUACAUGACGCGAAAUGGGAUGCUCCUUGGGUGUGGAUCCUCCUCCGCCGAUUACAGUUCUCGCUUUCUGGGGGCCCGUUCAGGCUCCAGUGGGUCGAGGGCGGUUCCCUGCCUUUGACCUGGGAAGAGAGGGAUCUGGCCGUGCCCGUAGAUAUGGAGAUCGCCAGACGGGCAGAGGUGUUCCUUGGUAACGGGUUCAGUAGUUUGACCAGCGGGGUCGUGCUUUUCAGACUGGCGGAUGGGAAGGAGUGGGAGAGCAAUAAGUUUUGGUAG